UUGGGAACACGGAGAUGCUGUUAGUAGAGGUCACUGUUACGGUUCAGGUGAAGUGAAAUUGUACGGCGCUUAACUUCAAUAGAACUGAAAGAUCUGAAGCCCAGCCUCCUGCUUUACUUAAACCUGACAGUCCCUACCUGCUUCCAUUACACAUUGCGUGGCUUUGAGGAGCGCACCUUCGGACAGGCGGCUGGAUUAUCUAUGAAUAAAAGGGGAAACGAAAACCCCACGAAAUAACAUUUGACAACAUUUCCAAGCACAGAGGGAUUAAACUGGAAGAUUACAAAUUUGUUUUUAUAAAGCAGCUCCUCUUGACCGGUUUCCUGGUUUUUCAGCUAACAGCCAAUACAAAGCGUAUGACGUUCCCAUGGCAUUAAAAGGCACUAACGUUGAUGCGAUGGUUAGGUAUUAAACAUACCAAUAUCGCGUAUUACCGUGAUAUUAAGUUACCCUUUGAAACAUGUCAAAAUCAUCAGAUCAGUUUGACGGACCUGACUGUGUCUGUUCCUUUGGGAUGAAGUUAACGUGGGAUAUCAACGACCCAAAGCUGCCUCAGGACACCAAACAGUACGACCCUUUCCAGGAAUGGACAGACGGCUAUGUUCGGUACAUCUACAGUGCCGAAGACAAGAACGCGCAGCGGCACCUGAGCGGUUGGGCUAUGCGGAACACUAACAAUCACAACUGUCAGAUCCUUAAGAAGUCGUGUCUAGGCGUGGUGGUUUGUGGAAGAAGCUGUACACUCGGGGAUGGCAGCAAACUACAGCUCAGACCGGCCAUCUGUGACAAAGCACGCCAGAAACAACAGAAGAAACUCUGUCCCAACUGUAACUCAGCACUGGAGCUAGUACCUUGUCGAGGACACAGUGGAUACCCUGUCACCAAUUUUUGGAGAGUGGAUGGAAAAGCCAUAUUUUUCCAGGCUAAAGGAGUCCAUGACCACCCAAGGCCAGAGAGCAAGUCGGAAACUGAGGCCAGGAGGAGUGCAGUGAAGAGGAGGAUGUCUUCACCACACUUCUCUCAGAAGAGGAGGUUCCUGGACUCAGAGGCCGGGAGAUACCACGACACGGGGGGACCCUUCCCUGGGCUGCACCACUUGUCCUGCAUGGAGGGCCCUGUCAGCAUCAUAGCAGAGUCCAACAUCCCCAUCCAGCCCCAGCACUACCCCCCCUUCCAGAAUGCUGAGCCCUACAAGUUCGCCUACGACUCCCCCAGCCCCGCGGGCGACGCCGCCUCUGCCCUGCAGAAGCCUGCCAACCACCGCCUGUACAUGGCACGCCCGCCCUGCAGCUACGACUUCGCCGGCUACCUGGGCUCGGGCUCCUACGCCGCACUCUACAAGGACGCCAUCAGCCCUCAGGCAGACAGUGACCCAGGAAAGGUCUGCAUGGGCUUGAACGGACCGCAACACGCCGUCAACGCCCUGAACGUGCACGACCGCGGAUACGACGCCUCCAGCAAGCACCACGGCUGGAAGCAGAUACUGGGCAAGGGGGCGUACGGGGACCGGGGCGAUUAUGGACAGAUCCCCGCCAACUCCAAUCACCACUACUACAACAGCGAGUACCCCUGCCGGUACACCGGCCCGGCUGCGGCCACGCCGGCAGCCUUACAGACCAUCAUAACCACUACCACCAAGGUGUCUUACCAGCCAUGCAAACCCUCUGUGGUAAAAUAUGGUGACAACAUCUACGAUGUCAAAAGCCUACCGAGCUGCAACUCUCUGCUGGAGGGGGGCUCGCCGACCUCCUACUCUGAUUUGAAAAUUCCGGAAGAUUCGGGGGUUAUCAAAUCAGCUUUAACGUAUCAACAGGAGACACCGCCUACCAAAACCGAAAGGUCAGAGAACCUUGACACCUACCGAUAUGGCAGCUACUCGUCAAAUAAUUACGCAGAGCGAAUAUCUCAUCCCUUUAGAUACGAGAGUGGAGAGUUCUGAUCGCUGCCUGAGACAGAAAGGGAAAAAAGGGACUCAAUGAAAGCUGCCUUUUCUCAAUAUUUUGUUGACAGACUGUUUUUUUGAUGUUGAUAUUUUUUAAAAUUAGGACCCAAAACUGAGCUUUUGCCAUCUUGUACUUGUUGUUUCUAAAUAUUUAUUUAUAUAUAGGAACUGUUCAGUGUUUUUGAAUAGAUGUAAUGCUGUACACAUUGAAUCUAUAUUUUAUUGAAACACUUGUACAUACAAAUCAUUUCACAAGCUGCAGUUAAUAUUUUAUGAAAAGCCACAAAAAUUUGAGAGAUUGUUCUUGACUACUAAAGGGUAGCAGCUGUCAUUAAAUCAAUUUUCAAGCAUUUCACCUUUGUAGGAGUCUAAGAAAGUUUUCACUGCAUUAGUUUUUCAAAGGUUCUUUCCACAUUAAUGUGCUAUACUUAAACAUCAAAGCACUGAAACAUUGUAAUUUGUCAGAAGUGUUAGAAUGACAGAGUCUUGCCAAAUGUUUCUGUUUUUGGGAAAAGCCCAUUCUUUGCCACAUUGGUCUAAAACCAACAAAUGAGAUAUCAAUCAAUUUUCAUAAUGACAUUAAACAUAUUAUGCUGAA